AUGGCUCAAGGGCCGUGUUCGGACGAUCUGCUGCCCCAGAAGCUUUCAAGUUGGGACGAGAUAUGGAGACGUUGUUCCCACCCUUAUCCCGCAUAUACCCAGUUAUUCCAACCUGGAUGCAGAAUAUUGGAGACUAUUCUAGAACGGCACAACGGCAUGGGUAUGACCGAAGAUUGUUCCCUCCAGGACAUGGUCAUGAUUAGUCUUAAGCAGCACAGUGUGUCGAUCACCAAUCCAAAUCGACCAACGCAAAACAAUCAAGCCGUUUAUCUAAAUUCGCGCAUGAUAUGGGCGAUCAUUUCUCGUGAAGGCAAUGUUCGGCCGAGAAGAAGUUUCACAGACUGCAUGCAGCCCGCUGCCCAGUCGUAUCAGGGAAUAAAGCUGAAGGACUGCCAACGCCCAGGGCACAACUUGACUCGUUCAUUGGGGCACAAUCAAUUUUGUGUUGUUAAUGGACGUUGCGAUCAUCACGUCUCAUCUGUCCCGAAUGUGUUAUCAGACUUCAGAGACAAAGUCUCCUCAAGGUUUUCUAACCACAUCGACAUUGCGAUAUACGUCUACCGAAAUGAACGAAAAAACAUAAUCGAGAAAACGCACCGUCCUCUCGAGGCGCCAGAAACGGUGCGGUUGUGUUUUGAGAAAUGUUGUGUGCCACAAAAGUUCCUGUAUGUCGUUUCAUUGCCAUGGGAUACAAGCAUCAUUUUCGUGAACAUAAUGGUUACCAUGCUCUCUCCUCAGGGACCCCUGCCCACGGUGCCGCAUGCCGGCAUGGCCUACGCGGGAAAAGCGUCCGAAGUCCUGUAA